AUGCCGGAUAGUCACCAUUCUCAGUCGGAAAAUCCUUUCGAUUAUGCACAUCCCGACAAUCCAUCACAAGCAAGCGUUUCUAGACAAACUGGUCCUCUUCUUCAGAAUCCUGAAAAAUAUCAAACUCAGUUGCAGUUACUGCUUCGAGCUAAGCAACCAAUUUACUAUCCUGAACCAUAUCUGUUUUCACUGCAGGAAUAUGCGGCCAAACGUCUCCCAGGAUCCAGUGAUUUGCGCGCAACUCAGGAUUAUUCGGAAAGCGAAGAGGGAGAAGACGACGGUUAUCCAGAAAAUCCUACGGCACAGCAGCUGCCCGAACAAUCCCUGCGAAUUCAUAACUCGAAUCUUGAGAUUCCUGCUCUAUUGGAAAGUUUAAUCAGGGGAAUGCUGCAAUGGCCACUGGUAACUCAGACGGUGUUAUCACAGAUGCCGAGACAAAUGGCUGAUUCAGGACCUGUGCUUGUUGAUUUAACAAACGAAGAAACUUCGGACAGUGAUGAUAAUCAACAAGACAGCCUGGAACAUCGGCCGCGGAACUUCAGUGCUUUGCAGGUGCAACGUUAUGCAGGUCACAGCCUCACAGAGAACGUUGCUUUAUCGAGAUCGCAGCCGCGGUUUAGUGAUCAAUGGGCUCAACGUCAAGCUGCAGCUCUGUGCAGAGCGUUGGUAGUACAGUUUAAGGAAAUUACUUAUCAACACUUCUUAGUAGAAAAUGCCAUCGAGAAGUUACCAGCUAUGAGUGCGUGCUACCAAUCGAGCUACACACGAAUGCCUUCGCCUUUCACAUCGUGCGAUACGAUAUGUCAAACUGAUGAAAGUGGGCGAAUGAACAUUAGCUACGAUGAAGCGAGCAGUGGAGCGAAGGAUGAUUGGCGUGCCUCUUAG